GCUGUGCGUGUCUUGUGAGAGCUCUUGAACCAAGUCAGAGCUAGAGCUGGGCGGCUGGAAACGGCGGCCGCCGCUGGUGACUCAGGGAGGCAGGAGGCGGGGGAGGAGCCCUUCCUGCAGGCGUGGAAACCAUGGUGCUCACGCUCGGAGAAAGUUGGCCAGUAUUGGUGGGGAAGCGAUUCCUCAGUCUGUCCGCAGCCGACGGCAGCGACGACAGCCACGACAGCUGGGACGUGGAGCGCGUCGCCGAGUGGCCCUGGCUCUCUGGGACCAUUCGAGCUGUCUCCCACACCGACGUUACCAAGAAGGACCUGAAGGUGUGUGUGGAGUUUGAUGGGGAAUCUUGGAGGAAGAGAAGAUGGAUAGAAGUCUACAGCCUUCUAAGGAGAGCAUUUUUAGUAGAGCAUAACUUGGUUUUGGCUGAACGAAAAUCUCCUGAAAUUUCUGAACGAGUUGUUCAGUGGCCUGCAAUAGUGUAUAAGUCUCUGUUGGACAAAGCUGGUUUGGGAUCCAUAACCUCUAUUCGCUUUCUAGGAGAUCAACAAAGAGCGUUUCUUUCUAAAGACCUUCUGAAGCCUAUACAGGAUGUAAACAAUCUUCGACUUUCCCUUAUGGAUAAUCAGAAUGUCAGUAAAGAAUUUCAAGCUUUGAUUGUGAAACAUUUGGAUGAAAGCCAUCUUUUACAAGGUGACAAAAACCUAGUUGGUUCAGAAGUAAAAAUUUAUAGCUUGGACCCAUCUACUCAGUGGUUUUCUGCAACCAUUGUAAAUGGAAACCCAGCAUCAAAAACUCUGCAAGUCAACUGUGAGGAGAUUCCAGCACUGAAAAUUGUUGAUCCGUCACUGAUUCAUGUUGAAGUUGUGCAUGAUAACUUUGUGACGUGUGGUAAUUCUACAAGAAUUGGAGCUGUAAAACGCAAGUCUUCUGAGAAUAAUGGAAGCCUAGUUUCCAAACAAGCAAAAUCUUGCCCUGAGGCCUCUCCCAGUAUGUGUCCUGUACAGUCUGUUCCCACAACAGUUUUUAAGGAGAUACUGCUCGGCUGUACUGCAGCAACUCCACCUAGUAAGGACCCAAGGCAGCAGAGCACUCCCCAGGCUGCCAACUCUCCACCUAAUCUUGGAGCAAAAAUUCCUCAAGGAUGUUAUAAACAGAUUUUACCAGAAGAACUUUCUUCCUGUCUCAAUACAAAGCCUGAAAUACUGAGAACAAAAGCAGACGUUGUCUGCAAAGUAGGAUUGCUGUCUUCAAAGUUCUCUCAGAUUGGAACGGGAGACUUAAAACCCCUUAGUGAACCAAAAGGUAGCUGUACCCAGCUGAAGACCAACACUGAUAAGGAAAACAAAUUGGAAUCUGUUUCUCAAUCAUCGACUGGCCUUCCUAGGAAGUGCUUACCUACAAAGCCUUCUACAGCAGAACUAGAAAUUGCCAGUACUCCUGAACUGCAGAAGCACCUAGAAUAUGCACCUUCUACAUCUGAUGUCCUUUCAAAUAAGCCAGAAGAGAAAGUAGGUGUCAGUAGUAAUAGCCCUAAUAGUUGUGUGGAAAAGAAGAUAGAACCUUCAACUUUAGGAUGCCAGUCACAGAAUUUGAAGGAGUCUUCAGUAAAAAUAGAUAAUGAAAGCUGUUGUACAAGAAGCAACAAUAAAAUCCAGAAUGCCCCCUCCCGGAAGUCGGUUUUGACAGACCCAGCCAAGCUCAGGAAGCUGCAGCAGAGCGGUGAGGCCUUUGUGCAGGAUGACUCCUGUGUCAACAUUGUCGCCCAGCUGCCCAAGUGCAGGGAGUGUCGUUUGGACAGCCUCCGCAAGGAUAAGGAGCAGCAGAAAGACUCGCCUGUGUUUUGUCGCUUCUUUCACUUCAGGAGGUUACAGUUCAACAAACAUGGUGUAUUGCGGGUAGAAGGCUUCUUAACACCAAACAAGUACGACAGUGAAGCAAUUGGCUUAUGGUUGCCUUUAACCAAAAACGUUGUGGGGACUGAUUUGGACACUGCGAAGUAUAUCCUGGCCAACAUUGGAGACCACUUCUGUCAAAUGGUGAUUUCUGAAAAGGAAGCUAUGUCAACUAUUGAGCCACACAGUAAGAGCAUCUCUUUCAGCUUGUGGAAAACUCUCUUUUUAAAUUCAACACAGACUUCUUUCGCUGGGGAAAAACCUACUCUUGGUGCCGUGUUCCAGCAGAAUCCCUUGGUGUUGGAGCCAGUGCCUGUGGCUGGGGAAGCCGCUUCCAAGCCAGCCAGUAGCAUGAAGCCUGCUUGUCCAGCCAGCACCUCUCCCUUAAACUGGCUGGCGGACCUGACCAGUGGAAAUGUCAACAAGGAAAACAAGGAAAAACAACCGACGAUGCCAAUUCUAAAGAAUGAAAUCAAAUGCCUUCCACCCCUCCCCCCUUUGAGCAAAUCCAGCACAGUCCUCCACACCUUUAACAGCACAAUUUUAACACCUGUAAGCAACAACAAUUCUGGUUUCCUCCGAAAUCUCUUGAAUUCCUCUACAGGAAAGACAGAAAAUGGACUGAAGAAUACACCAAAAAUCCUUGAUGACAUCUUUGCCUCUUUGGUGCAAAAUAAAACUUCCUCUGAUUUAUCUAAGAGGCCUCAAGGACUGACAAUUAAGCCCAGCAUUCUGGGCUUUGACACUCCUCACUAUUGGCUGUGUGAUAAUCGCUUGCUCUGCCUCCAGGAUCCCAACAACAAGAGCAACUGGAAUGUGUUUAGGGAGUGCUGGAAACAAGGGCAGCCAGUGAUGGUGUCAGGAGUGCAUCAUAAAUUGAACACUGACCUUUGGAAACCUGAAUCCUUCAGGAAAGAGUUUGGAAAUCAGGAAGUCGACCUAGUUAACUGUAGGACCAAUGAAAUCAUCACAGGAGCCACAGUAGGAGACUUCUGGGAUGGAUUUGAAGAUGUUCCAAGUAUGUAUUAAAGCCCUUUUAAGGGAGUUAGAAUGUGGAAGGAGGGCACAGGAGUAGCAGGAGUCUGAAGCCCCUCAGUGGCAACAACAGCAUUGUCCGUGAUCUUGGAGUUUAAAAUUCGUGUCUUAUCUCUUCUUCCCCUUUCUUUUUAAAAGUUAUGCUUUCAAACCAAGGCAACAUUCACUUUGUAGUUCCUUAGAGAGGUGAGGUUUUGGUCAUCUGUACUCCAGGUGGCUCCACUUCUAUCCCAUGACAGAAAUUCUGUGCUUUCACUUAUGCCCAGGGGGAGGGGAGCACAAAGCCGGGGCCUGUGACUCAAGGCUGGUGGUUUUAUGUGUGUCUCACCCUCAUACAUCCUUUUUGCUUUUAAAAAUUUUAACUACUGUUUAACAAGAUAAGUAGACCUGAAGAUGCCAGGGAAUGUGAAUGCAUUUAACACGGGGUAUCCUGGUCACUGCCUACUGCAUCUGGGCUAGGGGCCGUUGAGGCAGUAAGAAGGUUUGUGUGUCUAGUGCUGAGGCUUGGCCCUUUCUGUGUAUUGGCCAGUCAGUAAAUUGUUUCCAGGAACAUCGAGUUCAUGAUGGGCCCUGGGGAUUCACAUCAGCACAGGCCCCCAUCCCCACUGGAGGGUUUGGCCAGUUCAUUCAUCAGACUCUCCGUAAUUCAGAUUCACUCAUUCAUCACUCUCAUUUUUUUAGACACACACCUUUUAAUCUAUUGCUUUCUUAUUCCAUUUUACCCACAUUUAUAGAUUAUAGCUCAUACUUUCAACAAACUAUAACAAAGU